AUGCUGCAGCCCAGAUUACGGGCAUCCUUCCGGGUGCUCGAGCGAGCAUUCGCUCCCUCGCUCCUGUCCGCUCAUCAACCGGCCUUCCGGGGGGUACCCUCGUCGGCAUCAGCAAUUACUGCUUCUGCAACAGCAUUUUCCUCGCCAUCCUCCUCCUCCUCUUCAUCAAGCUCCUCUCUUCUUCGUCUCCUCCUCCCACGCUCUCAAUUGCGAUACGCUUCCCAUGCUUCCCAAGGUGCCGCCAACCAACACGCCCGUGACCCUCCCGGCAAACGUCUAGGCGCGAAGAAAACCGGCGGCGAGUACGUGAUCCCCGGAAACAUCAUAUACCGGCAGCGAGGGACGAAAUGGUUCCCCGGGGAGAACUGCGCGAUGGGGCGGGACCACACCAUCUACGCGACCGAGGCGGGCUAUGUGAGAUACUACCUGGACCCGGAGCGGCAUCCGAAGCGGAAGUAUAUCGGCGUCUGUUUCGAGAAAGAUGGGACAUUGCCCACGCCACGGAAUGCACCGACCAAGCGGCGAUUGAACAGGAUUGCGGUGCCACGCCAGGUGCAAGUCUCGCAGACGUCUGUCGAGUCGUCGGUCACUACUGCCGGGGAGAACGGCGAGGCUACGCAGCAGGAGAGCAUUUCCGCCACGAAGACGGAGCUGCAGUUGCGACCGGGAUACAUGUACCGUGAGGCGAACUGGGAGAUUGGUCGUGCUGCUGAGAAGGCCGGUAUCAAGGUUAAGGAGUUCGACCCCAAGAACCGUUGGCUGGCGUGGAGGAAGAGGAAGGCUCGUGCUGAGCGCGCGGCCCAGAUGAAGAGCUUGAAGAAGAAGAAGUCGAAGAAGUAA